AUGCGCGAGGAAGAGAGAUUAUUACUCCAGGAACUAGAUGAUCUCGUACCCGAGUUUGGAUAUAAAUACCUCGAGCUAAAUCUCCUCUUGCCCAAGGUUUUGCACGGGUACUGGACAACGCGAAUGAAAGACGUCCUCUUCAAACGGAGAGAGCCUAAUGCUGCGAUUAUCGAAGAAGCAAGGGCAUGUUGGGAACCCGUUGAUUGUAUUGAGCUUCUCUCUGAAGAAGCUCGCAUUCAUGCGCCCCCUGACAGUGGAGAAACGGCCAAUCUCUAUUUCUUCAUAUGCACAAUCUUAGAAGGUAGUGUUUGA